AAAUCUCACUAAACAUUUCCAAUUCCAAAUCCCCAAACCACCAAAAAGCCCUCUCUUUCUUCGACUCUUCCUUCUUCCAUAUCCUCAUCUUCUUUCUCUUCUUCAACUAUAUAAUCCAAAUUCUUCGAUUUCAAUCUCCAAUUCCAUACUCUCACUCCUUGUCUCCCAUGGCCGAGAAACCGAUAUUUACGAAUAUGCUCCAAAAUGAGAAUUACGAACAACGCGCAGGAGUAGGAGAAGAAGAGUUUGAAUCGGAAGGAAACGCGUGCGGUUGUUUCGGUUUCGGUGUAUUCGCGAGGAGACGACGUCGUUCCGGUGGAGAUUACGAGCGAGAGACGAGGGCGAAGACAUGGUUGGUGAAGAAGAUGAAGAAGGUGAAGGAGUUGUCGGAAGUGGUUGCUGGACCUAAGUGGAAGAACUUUAUCAGAAAGAUCGGAGGUUACUGUAAUGGUAAUAGGAAGCAAAAGAAUACGAAUCGGUUUCAGUAUGAUGCUCAGAGCUAUGCUCUCAAUUUCGAUAAUGGCGGCUUUGAUGAUGAAGAAGAAAAAGAUGAAGAGGAUGAUCUUCUUCUUGAUUUUUCUCAUAGGUGAUCUUGUGUUAAUAUUAUUAUUAAAAAUGAAAUUUAUUGUAAUUUAUUUUAUUGAUUCAUAUUCACUGAAAUUUAAUCUUUGCGUCCCA